AUGAAUCCUAUGUUUUACUUCUUUCUUGCCUUAACCACGGUUUUGGCCUCGACCGCAGACGCUGCUGGACCGGUCCUCGACAUCGACGGAGACAUCAUAUUCCACGGUAGUUACUACGUUCUCCCCGUCAUCCGCGGCCGAGGAGGUGGCCUGACUCUCUCCGGCCGCGGUGGGAAGCCAUGCCCUCUCGACAUCGUGCAAGAAUCAUCCGAGGUCGACGAGGGUAUUCCCCUAAAAUUCUCAAACUGGAUAUCUAGAGUUGGAUUCGUACCAGAAAAAGCGAACCUCAACAUCGAGACGAACAUCGCAGCCACGAUCUGCGUCCAAUCAACGUACUGGUGGGUCGAUGAGUUCGACAGGGAGAGAAAGAAGUGGUUCGUGACGGCUGGUCCGAAGCCAGAAGGGUUUGGAAAAGAUUCGUUGAAGAGUUUCUUCCAGAUCGAAAAAUCCGGAGAUUUUGAUGAUUACAAGUUUGUGUUCUGUCCUAAGGAUUGUGCAGGUAGCAGCAAAGUUUGCAGGACCAAGUGCAUCGAUGUCGGGAUAUUCGUGGAUGAAAACCACGUUCGGCGUUUGGCUUUAAGCUCUAAGCCGUUCUUGGUUAGGUUCAAGAAAGCUAAUGUAACAGAGGAAUUGUCCAAGACUAUGUCUAUGUGA